AUGGCGGAGUACUUUGUCAGCGGAUUCCACAUCGUGCUACCACCCCUCUCCAUCGCCCUAGACAUCCCCAAAAACUCCCAAACAUGGCCCUCGAGCGUCUUCUCCCUCGUCACCGCCGCCUGCCUACUACCCCUCGGCCGCAUCGGCGACAUGUACGGCGGCCACUACAUUUUCAACGGCGGCAUGGCCUGGUUCUUCGUCUGGUCCCUCGUCGCCGGCUUCAGCAAGAACUACACCCAGCUCGUCGUCUUCCGCGCCAUGCAGGGCAUCGGCUGCGCCGCCUGCCUGCCCGCCGGCAUCAUGCUCCUCGGUAAAUUCUACCGCCCCGGGCCCCGUAAGAAUCUCGUUUUCGGCAUCUACGGCGCUUUUGCCCCCAUCGGCUUCUUCUUCGGCAUUCUUCUUGGCGGCGCCGCCGGCCAGUACCUCACCUGGAGGUGGUACUUUUGGCUCGGCGCCAUCGUCCUCGGCGUGCUUUCCUCGUCUCCUUCCUGA